AUGGGGAAAAUUGAUGCUAAAAGUAUUCUUUUUGCUUGCUUUCUAGCCGGCGGUAAACUUCUUUAUGACAAAGUAUGUAAGUAUCUCGAAGAGAAUGAACACAUAGAUCACGGAAUUAUUCCAAAAAAAGAAUCUUUAACGUACCUAGAUAAUCAAAUAGCUACAACAGCUCAGCAGUACCAAGAAUUUUCGAUGUCACUACUCAAUGACAUUCUAAAAUUCCCUCAUUCGUUUGAAGAAAAACCUAUUGAUUUAGAAAAGAAAUUUAUGGAUUACUUAAGGCAGACAAUUAUUAAUAAAAACGCAGUUUUUAGCCCAGGAGAUGUUAAAUAUGACAAAAAUAGGAAUCUCGUAUGGAUGAUUGCAAAUCCAACAGAUCCUGUACCCUUCAACGAACGAAAAGUCAUAUUCAUGAAUUCUUCAAUUAAGAAUUACGAAAAAGGUAGUGCAAGAGAUAUGCAGGGUUUUGUUACUCAAUUUAUGACAUCAAAAAUUUUAUUAGAAACAAUAGAAGAUGGAUCAUUAAAUGGUGUCAUUGUUGUAUGCUCAGCAGCAAUGGGUUACCAUAGACCAUACCAUGUCUUCAGAAAUACAAAACUUUUACCAGAUUGUAUCAUAAUUUGCGAACCUACAGGCGAUUCAACACAAGGACCUCUUGGAAUAUCUAUUGGCCAGAAAGGAUAUUCUAAGAUAGCUAUAUCUUUCAGCGGAGAUGAUGCUAAGUUGGAAGAACUUGAGAAAUUAAUUGCAAAUGAGCUUCAAGCCACUCCAAUGAGCGACGAAAACGAUCCAAUUGUUGGCCAAGGAAGUAUUGGUAUCGAUAAGACUCCAAAAGAUCAAGAUGAUAAAGAUAAAGGAACAGUUUACGUUCGUCGCAAUUUAGGUUUAGAUGAAACAUGGGAGAAUGCAUUAAAUGAGGUCAAAAGUCUUCCUACCAUCAAAGCCCAUGAUGAAGACACAAGUGUUGCUGUAACUCCAGUUGACAAUGUUCCAGCAUGGAAAACUCCAAGAGAAACAAGAGCCAUUCUUGCUGCAACAGAAUCAUAUAGAAGAGUUGUUUCCCCAUGGGCUGCAACAACAACAGAUACAGAAGAACUAAGAGUUCAUCCUUUCUUCAAAGAAAGACAAGAGCCUGACAAUUUAUCGUCUUAUCCAGUCAGAGAGGAAGUUCCCCCUGGAUUUGAAUGGGUAGAAGUUACAGAGGGUGUAACUCCCCCUACAUUUGCUAUUGGCGCAGGAUUUUCAGACACAACAGAUGAGACUGUACGCGGUGAUCAUGUACAGGCAACUGCUGCUGUUAUGUCUAGAUUCCCAUCAUUAUUUGUCGAAGAAUUUAAGUAA